AUGCGGCACAAUAUUCAUAAGCAUCUCUCAAUUUCCACUAGACACUCUCUGGCUCGCAUCAACGCCUAUCGCGCCCUGGCCUCGCCCUCGCUCAUCUGUCUCUCCAGCAAAGACCCUCUGAUAACGGCCUUCUCGCUUUCUGAUGAUUUGGAUAAACUUGCUACGCUGGAGUACGAGUUCCGGGAUGAAUACACGGCUCUGAGGACACAAGUCCUAGAGUUCGCAAUGAGGCUCGUGGACGAGACUAGAAGUUCGGACGAACUGGAGAUCAUACUAAACUACGACCCGGAAGGAGAGCCCUACCAGAAGGGGCAGUUCAUGCACCUGAAUCGCCUCAAAGAUGCUGUCGACAACAACCAGAAGCAGUUCGUUGCCCAUGCCAGCGUGCAGCAGCUCCUGGGCACGGUGUGGUACGACGGCAUGCCUGGCUUCAAGCGCCGCAGCCUCCCUGAUCAGCUGAUGGCCGUGGUGAAGAUCGGCGUCCUGUUCCCGGUCUAUUGCAUGUCCUUCCUUCUGGCCCCAAAGACAUCUUUCGGAGGCUCCAUGAAGAAACCUUUUAUUAAAUUCAUCGUCCAUUCGUCUUCUUACUGCUGCUUCCUGCUCCUGUUGGUGAUCGUUUCCCUGCGCUUGGAGUCGCUCAUCAUCGAACUGUUCGGAACCACAUCGAUGGUCGAGCGCCUCCACAAGCAGGAGCGGGAAUCGCGGGGCGGUUACCCUUCUAUCACCGAACUGCUCAUCGUCGUGUACGUCUUCGGGUUCAUCUACGGGGAGAUGAAGGCGCUCUGGAACGACGGCCUCCUCGAAUACGCCAAAGACUUGUGGAAUUUCGUCGACUUCGGAAGUAACUUCUUCUACAUGAACUGGAUUUUCUUAAGACUCACGGCUUUGUUUCUGACGACGCGGGCGGUGUGGGCGGGAGAGAACCCGUACUUCCCGAGGGAGAUGUGGCCUCCGUUCGACCCCAUGCUGCUCUCCGAGGCCAUGUUUUGUGCUGGCAAUAUUCUUAGCUUCUUGAAGUUGGUGCACAUCUUCAGCGUCAACCCUCACAUGGGCCCCCUGCAGAUCGCGCUCGGCAGAAUGGUGGUCGACAUCAUUAAGUUCUUCUUCAUCUACACACUUGUGCUCUUUGCAUUCGGAUGCGGCCUGAACAAUCUUCUUUGGUAUUACGCCGACAUAGAUAAAGGCAAAUGUUAUUCAUUGCCUGGUGGAUUACCCAAUCCUAAAGAAUCACAGUCAUGCGAGAUCUGGCGAAGAUUUUCUAACCUCUUCGAGACUUCACAAUCGCUUUUCUGGGCUUCCUUCGGGCUGGUGGACUUGAUCAACUUCGAACUGACUGGAAUUAAGUCUUUCACGCGGUUCUGGAGUAUGCUCAUGUUCGGCUCCUACAACGUCAUCAAUGUCAUCGUUCUGCUAAACCUCCUCAUCGCCAUGAUGUCCAACUCUUACACGUUCAUUGUGGACAAGUGUGACGUGGAGUGGAAAUUCGCUCGCUCGAAGUUUUGGAUGAGUUACUUCGAGGAAGGCCAGGAACUGCCUUCGCCCUUCAACCUGGUCCCGAAGCUGUCCGCCCUGUGCGAAUUCCGGAAGCCCAAUUUCAGGGAGUCCUUCAAGAAGCGCCAGGACCAGAUGCGGGACGACCAGUAUCAGACGGUGAUGAAGAACCUCGUUAGACGCUACGUCACGGCUGAACAACGUAACGCGGACGAGACGCUCAUCACGGAAGACGACGUCAAUGAAGUAAAGCAGGAUAUCAACUCCUUCAAGUACGAGCUCUUGAAUAUCCUCAGAAUCAAUGGCAUGAUGACUGGCAAUGCACAUCACAAGGAGGACAUGGCUGUGGGCAAGAAACAGCAGGCACGAGAGCGACGGCUCAUGAAAGGUUUCAACAUCGGCCUGGUGGAGGGCAUCGAGCAGAGCAUGCACUUCGGGAACAAGAAGAGCAAGAAUCCCCUGCUUAACAUCGUGCUAAAGGCGGCGAAGUCAGAGAAGAAGGACUGGAACUCGAUAAUGCGCCAGAGCAAGAAGAAGCGCGACCCAAUCGGCUCCAGCAGCACCAGCCUCCAGCGACAGAGUCUCAGGAACAACAAGCGCUGCAACGCGGCCUGGAGCAAGGUCAAGUUCUACCAGAAACGAGGCGUCUUCCUUGGAGGGCAAAUUGACCCCAGAAUGCUGAGAGAGAUCAAGAACAAGGGACAGGUGGCCCCGCUGCAGAGCCGUUCCCAAGGAUGGCGAACUCUUCAGAAAUUGCACGAUCGUGGGGAAAUUACACAGGAAAAUUUCGACAGGUGUGUAGGAAACACACCAAGUCCUGGAAGUACUGCAGCUCCUACUCCGAUUCCUCCAACAUCACCGACGCCUCCUCUACCUAGAGUCGGGGUUUACACGCAGUCAUCGCCCUGUGCUACAGCCGAUGACCUCAUAUCCGCAGUCAGAGGAGACACUCUGUCACCGCACCCGACUCCUUCGCCGAAGCCUUCGCCGAAGGCGUCAAAUGGAACCUCGAAGCCCUUUGGAACGGGCAAGGGGUGGAUCUGAAUUGGAAGCAAUCAAAGAGAAUAAAAUUUAGGAAAUGAUUCUUCUAUAAACGUGUAGGGAAAAUGGUGAUAUUCAGGGCUUUAUCCUUGCUUCACAUUCCUCACAGAAAUUUGACGUGUUAGAGAAUAACGAAUACGUAAGUCUUACAAUGCAAUUAAAGCUACUUACAAAUACAAGAAGACAUACAGAGACUUCCCUGAAAGUGGGACUUGUAUAUGCUAAUUUAUCAAACGAAGGCGAUAGCUCUGCCUGGAGCAGUGUCUUAGAAAUUGCUAGAUUGUACUUAUGUAUCUAUUAUAAUCAUCUUUUUUACAUUUUCACUUUGUUACCCAAGUACCAUUACGUGAAAUAAUGAAAUUUCCCGUUUCUCAUGCACGUGAAACUAACAGUAAGACUUCUGGUAUAUAUUCCCCAAUGCAUCGCUGUCAUUCUUUAGGCUGAACACCACUGUGCACAAUCUGGCUGCCAGUCACGCUCGUUUUGUACAUAUUACUCAUACUCGCCAUCCACAUGCUACGUAUCUCAACUGAAUGCAUUAUCACUUCUUUGUCACUUCUUUGAAGGUUGAUAUUCUUCAUAAAUAAAGUGAA